ACAUUAAAGCAAGUUUACUGUGUUUGUCAGUGCACAUUUGUAGUGCCAAAUACAAUCUGAAGUAAUGCUAUUUAGCUGACUACUUAGGUUGAGUAUGAUUUUCUUAACAAUUUCAUGAAAAGAAUAAUCACUGGUAAAUGUUUUGUACUGUUUAGAAAGAUGGAAAGUUUUGGAAUUCCCAUCACAACAUGGUGCACUAGCUUACUCAACAGAUGUGUUUGUUUCCACACUCGUGCUCACCUACUACUUUGACAUUUUAUUUAGUAUGCGGAUUUGGAUGGAGCUUGUAGCAGGAUAACUACUUUUACUACUAUUGAGUACAGCAGCAGCACAUACGCCAUGCAGUUUUUGUGCUACUGUUCAGUGCAUUAGAGCUGUGGUUGGAUGUGGUGGUGAAGAGGAAGGGGGAGGGGCUUGGUGGAGAGAUGAGCAAAUAGGUGGAGUUCAGAGCAAGUGGUGAGUAGAGGUCAGGAACGAGAUACCUCCUCCUCCUCCUCUUGUUCUUCUCCAUGCUCUAGGCUUAAAGAAGACUUUAAGACAUUACCAAACCUCUCCGUGGUGAUCUGCUGAAGAUGGGGGAGCAAAACGUUUCUGUCAUGCUUUCAGAGGAUGAACUGGAGAAGACGAAGGAAAACAGGACAACACCGUUCUCCCAGUUCUCCGCAACUGUACGAGCCGUGGUGCGAAUUCGCCAGAAGUACCAAGCAAUGAAACGGCGCCGCAUGGAGCGGGUAGCGUCAGCGUCCCAGCACAGUGCGCAUUUAACAGUUCCGUGUGGUGAUCAGCGCUCCACCAGCCCCAAGAUCUUUACAUUUGAUGUAAUCGAUGGUAACAGUCCUGUCAAUCUAGGCAAGAAAAGGAGAAAGAAAAAGGCACGUGUCUUGUUCCCCAAUAGCAGCCGCCGAGUCUUGCCCACCAAGGAGCAGAGCCGGGCUAAGAGCUGCCUGGUCUUGUUAUGCGUUGUGGUUUUCUUGCAGGUUUACAACGCCAUUGAAAACCUGGAUGACCAUGUGCUCAAAUACGAUCUGGAGGGACUUGAGAAAACCCUUAAAAGAGAGGUUUUUGGACAGCAGGAAGUUACUGAUGGCCUGUUGGGCCAUUUAAAAGAUUACUUGUCCACAUAUGUUCACAGUAAACCUUUGGUUAUUUCUCUUCUUGGGCCCAGUGGUGUAGGAAAGAGCCACAUAGGAAGGCUAUUGGCUCAGCACUUCCGUUCUCUGGUGGGUGAGCAGCUGGUCAUGCAGUACUUCGUGCUCCACCACUGUCCCACAGAAGGAGACAUCCCACUCUGUACCAAAACUCUGACCUCCCAAGUCUCUGAGAUGGUCACUCAGGCUGAAGAAGAGGAGAAGAUCCCCCUGUUCAUCUUUGAUGAGAUGGAGCAUAUGCCUACUGAGCUGCUGGAAACUGUGCAUGGUCUCAUCGCAAAAAAAGAGAAUAACGAAUAUUUGAAUGCCAUCUACAUCCUCAUCAGCAACCUGGAGCAGGAAGAGAUCACAAAGUUCGUGCUGCAGAACUCCACCAGUAUCACCAUUUCAGGCCGAGGGCACGUUAGCAAGGAGUUGAACGCUUUGCUGCUUAGUAAUCUCAAAAAGCACCACUCGCUUUGGCUGGAGGCAGAGUUGCUGCCUCUCACACUUCUGGAAAAAAGCCACGUGAUGCAAUGUUUUAUUGAUGAAAUGUCCCGGGAAGGAUUUUACCCAGAGCGCUCUCAUGUAGAAAGACUAGCAGACGAGCUGGGUUACUAUUCUGUGGGUGAACGAGAGUUUUCACGCACUGGAUGUAAGCAAGUGGUGGCAAAAGUGAAUCUUCUGUGAAACCAAAGGCUGUGAACACUGAGGUCAUGCAGAAGUCAGUACUGUUAGUAGAAGAAUAUUGGAGGAAUACACUGAUGCGUCAAGAUCAGUACUAGUCUGUGAUGGCUGGAAAAGACUGGCAUGGUUUCUUUGUUAUUUUUAUAGCUCUAAAGAGGAAUGUUAUGAAUGUUGUAUUUUAAAGAAAGUUGCUGAUUU